UAUUUAAGGCAAACAUGAGACACGAGAUGUUUGAGAUGAUUGCUGUUAUCUCAAAACCUACUCAUUGGUUAUUCUUACUUUUCCCUUGAUAACGGCCGUAAUAUAAACCAGGUGUCGAGAUAAGGAGUUAGUCGAGUGAAAAUGUACAGACUAUUCGCAAGCACGGCCGUCGGCCUUUUUGUCGCCAUCGCGGUCAACGUUCUCGUGCCGCAGCCUGUGGCCGCAGUCUCAUGCGGACAGAACAGGAGCCACAACGCUGUCUUCGGGCACAGGCAAUCCGGAGAUCAGUUGCUUUACAUGGACCACCCUAAACUUAACUACAAACUGUUGAGAGUGGUCACCUACGACGUCAAAUACAGGAGCCCACCGACCCCCCAUUACGUCAUCACGUAUGUCGAAGCUCUCGACCAGUUCACAAACCACAGCGGGGGCUGCGCCUUACUUGAGAAGGGUGGAGUCGGAUACGACUUCGUCAAACUUCACCUCAAAUCGCAAAGAAACAACGGCCUUGAUUUUGUCGUUAGGGUGUAUGGAGUAAGACAUUGGUAACCUGUAGGUUAUUAAAUGAACCAUUGGCUAUAUAUUUUCUUGUUUUAAUCAAUUUUAUGAGCACAACCAUGUAAUCAAUUGUUUGUUGAACUUGAUUGUUUUAAAUAAAGUUAUUCUGGUGUUUU